CGGGCAAACUGCAGGGAGGCAAUCUAAAAUAAGAUUAAUCUAAUUUCAGAUUAUGACGUCACGAAAAUGGGCGGAGCGAUGACCAUAUAAGGAGUGAUAAUCAAUAUUUAGAUUAUAUUUCCGACAUGUCCACAUUCAAACCCUCCAUAUCGGUCGAAGAAAUGCUCAUAUCGGUGAUUCUUACCUGGCUUGUUCAGUGGUCUUCAAGCUACUUAAGAAGUUUUGCAUUCUUGAUCAUUAAAUAGGUACCUGUCAUACCAUGAAGAGACUUAGAACAAGAAUAUCAUUGCAUGAAAGGUACAGGCGGAUCCGUGCUGGAAUGGCAUUGGUUCCUUAUGCGGUGCAGACCCUCUGUGGUAACAUCUAUAUCAACAGAGAUUAUGUUUUUGACACACUGAUGGAGCCACUCUUUUGGCUUGUGGACAACUUCGCAAAAGCCAUUGGACCAAUUUUCGUGUGCGCCGUGGUGGUGCUCACCAGUCUGUUUGUGUACAUCGCCUACACCAUCGGCAUCCCGUACUGGUGGGAGCGCAGUCCGGCCGCGCUGGUGGUGCUCUUCAUCGUCGGACACUGGAUCCUCGCUAACGUGGUGUUCCACUACUACUACGCCUUCACCACCUCGCCGGGACACCCGCCGCAGGGUGGUCUGAUCCCAGAGACGGCCAGUAUCUGCCGCAGAUGUAUCGCGCCCAAGCCUCCGCGCACUCACCACUGUUCCGUGUGCAACAAGUGCGUCCUCAAGAUGGACCAUCACUGUCCGUGGCUGAACCAGUGUGUGGGCCACUACAACCACCGCUUCUUCUACAUGUACAUGGUGUACAUGGUGCUCGGCACCGUGUUCGUCAUGGCGUUCGGCCACGACAUCCUACUGACGGAGUACUACAGGGAGAGAACGGAGCUGGGGCUGGACCUCCGGCCGGGAGAUAACGUCACCACCGAGGCGUCAUCUUACGGCAAUGUUGCUCCGACAGUGACAAGGAACGUCACAUCAACAUUACCUGGUGGACGGAGGCGGAGGUUCUUCAUACUGUUCGAGUCUCUAGUAUCGUUAGGCAUAUUUCUGGCUCUGGGUGGCCUUUCCGUGUGGCACGGGAAGCUGAUAACUCGAGGAGAGACCAGUAUCGAAGCGCACAUUAACGCGAAGGAGACCAAGAGGCUUCUGAAGCUCAAUAAGAUUUAUAGAAAUCCAUACAAUGCAAAUCCGAAGGAAAAUUGGCGAAUUUUCCUCGGACUGCACUCUGGAAGAGGCUGGCGACACAUACUGUUACCCUCUGCCCACCUACCGGACGGAGACGGUCUAACCUGGAGGAUACCGCCCACACGACCGCACGUGAAGAUCCUCUGAUGGGACGGCCGGGGCCGAAGGACAAGGUGGCCAGACGUGAUAUUCAAACUGCCAGACGCACAAACGCGCUGUUUGUGCUGGUGAUCAAUUAGUGUAUUAUUUUCAUAGCAUUUUCAUGAGAGGCGAAGUCUAUUUGAUACGUAUUUCCCUAUUUAGAGCGUUUAUUGUGUUGUGAUGAUGUGAUGAGGCUGAGGGCAUCCAGAAGACACCGUCUUUACAACUGAAUGCAGCAAUGAUUUCCGAUUAUUUUGUUUAGAGUGUCGUGAUAUUAUUUAUUACAUAUCUACUUUUUUGCGUAUUUAUGUGCAUUCCAUGCAAUACAACCAUGUGUUUUGAUCA